AUGGAUGAAUUUUUGAACAUUACAAUCCAUCAUAGUGGUGCGUUCACUGAUGAGAAACACGAUGUUUAUGAAGGGGGUGAGGUUGCGAGAUUGAGGGUAGAUGCGGAUAAGUGGAGCUUCUUUGAGUUGUUAGGUGCUAUUAAGGAAUUAGGUUACCCGGCCAUAGACAAGAUAUACUAUAGGGAUCCUACUGAGGGUAUGAAUCUGUUAGUUGAUGACAAAGGUGCCCUAGAGAUUGCUGAUCUCUACAGGGUUCACCUUAGAGUUGACAUCUUUAUUCAGCACGUAUUGACAAACCCUGAUUUUGCUGAGGUACCAGUAGAUGACAUACCCCUUGAUGAAAUACCACUUAAUGAGGUUGUAGAUGAGAUUGUAGAUGAGACUGAAGUUGUGCUUGAGGAGAUGAGGAAUGAAACUGAAUUGCCAACUGAUCAUGGAAGGGAUAAGGAUGCAGAAGAUACUGAUCAUGGAAGGGAUAAGGAUGCAGUAGAUACUGAUCAUGGAAGGGAUAAGGAUGCAGAAGAUACUGAUCAUGGAAGGGAUAAGGAUGCAGUAGAUACUGAUGAUAAUGGACAAAGGGUUGGGGAGGUUGAUGAUGGGCAUAGUUCUAAUACCUCUGAAGAUGAAGACUUCAAUUAUGAUAGUGCAAUGGAGGUAGUAUUCGAUGAUGACUCUGAUGAGUAUGAAACUGAGUUGGAAGAAGAAGUUGGUAACCUACUUGAAGAUGAUAAUGUAGGAGAAAAAGGCAAAAAAGGUAAGGAAAAGUGGGAAGAAACCAAAAAUGAAUUCAAAGGCAGUGAUAAUGAAAGUGAGGAUCUAGAAAGUGAGUGUGACAGUGAUGAUAGCAGUAAAGUUAAGAGAAAGAAGUUUCCAAUAUUCAAGGAACAAAAGGAUAUGUCCAACUACAAGUGGGAGGUGGGAACAUAUUUUACCACAAAAGAUGAUUUUAAAGAAGCAAUUACAACUUAUGCAGUCCAAUCUGGAAGAGACCUAAGGUACACUAAGAAUGACAAGAUAAGGGUGAGGGUUAGGUGUAAAGAAGGAUGUCAAUGGGAAGCAUAUUGUGCUAAGUUGCCUAAUGAGGAUACUUGGCAACUAAGAAAGAUAGUAGACUUUCAUAAUUGCAGUAGAGAGUAUAAUGUGAAGAUGUUGAAGACUAAAUGGUUGAGCAAAAGAAUACAAAAUUCACUUAAGACCAACCCUAGAAUGAAGUUGAAAGACAUAAAGGAAAAGGUUCAAAAAAAGUGGAAUGUGGGGGUCAACAAGACAAAGGCUAUAAGAGCUAGGUUUGCAGCUAGAGACAUGGUUGAUGGAUCUUUCCUUGGGGAUUAUACAAGGAUUUAUGACUACUGCCAUGAGUUGUUAAGAGCAAACCCAGGUUCAACUGUGAAAUUGAAUGUUCAACCAGCUCAAGAAGGUUCUGAUGAUCAUAGGAUUCACUUCAGAAGGCUGUACAUUUGUUUUGCUGCUUGUAAGGAAAGUUUCAAAUUAAGCAGGCAUUUCAUUGGGCUUGAUGGAUGUUUCUUGAAAGGACUUUGUGGAGGUCAAAUCCUUGCAGCCAUUGGUAGAGAUCCAAAUGAUCAAAUGUUACCCAUAGCAUUUGCAGUGGUGGAGAGUGAAAACAAGGAUAGCUGGACAUGGUUCUUGGAGUUGCUUAUUGCUGACCUUGGUGGAAAGGAAGAGUGCCUGACAUACACAUUUAUUAGUGAUCAACAAAAGGGAUUAUUGCCUGCAAUGGAAGAGCUUCUGCCUAGGGUAGAACAAAGAUUUUGUGUCAGACAUUUAUACAACAACUUUAGGAAGAGGUAUCCUGGAAAAAAACUUAAAGAAAUUAUCUGGAAAGCUGCCAAGUCUACUUAUUACCAGGCUUGGGAAAGGGAGAUGAAGGUAAUGAAGGAUGUGAAUGUGGAAGCUUACAAGCACAUGAUGAGCACCCCUCCAAGAUUUUGGAGUAGAUCAUACUUCAAGACACAUAACAAGUGUGAUGCUGUUCUGAAUCGUCAGAGGCUUUCAAUAGUGUCAUAUUGGAUUCUAGGUCCAAACCAUUGA